AUGAACAUCAUUUAUAUAAUAAUACUCUGGUACGGUUCCACCGCAAAGGAUUAUCGUACCGUCAUAUUCAACAUAAAUGCACCCGUAGAUGAAAAGUCGUUAUACCUUCGGUUUAUAGAUUACAAGUUUUUUCAAAAAUACUCCUACACUCCCAGGCCAAAGUGCAGAGUAACUGCGGUUAUAGAUGGCAGCUUUCUCAUAUGGGAGACGAACCCUGAUGAAUUAGUCAGCAAGAUUGAUCUGGACUCUAAAAAGAUACGGCCAAUUUUUAUUACCGUUUAUACUUUACCUAGUGUAACACAGCCCUCCACGAAUGACCACGGAACACAGAUUGGAGACCAAGAAGCUAUAGAUGGCGCAUACAAAAUCUACUACUUUAUGAAGGUCAAGAACGAGUGGGAGCCCUUGAAUGAGGAAGAAUAUUCUCAGACAUUCUACGCCACAAUCUUGUCCAUGGAACCUGAAGAGGUCACUUUGGACAUUUCCAGGGGCCUUGAAAUGGAAAAGAUUUGUCUAGUUGAUAAAAGGGAGGUGGACACAUCCGUAAUAGAGGAAUGCGAAAAUGGAAAAAGGUCCAAAACGCCCCUGGCUAACCCUGUGGGAACAGGUCUAGUAACGAUAAAUUACUAUCCACGUGUAAAGUAUAGCGUUUACAACGUGGUUGAUGGGAGGGAGAUCAUUUGGAAUUCGACCUAUGAUGAUCAGAUUUGCACGUUUCUAAACGUUUACGAAAAGGACGGAGAGGCAGUUCUAGUGGACCUUGUAGCAGAAGACUCCAACUUUCUUAGCCGUGAAUACUUUAGAAUGGAUGUUUCUUCUUCUCCCACGGAUGGUUGCGAAGUGAAAAAGUGGAAAAGGAUAGAAAAUGACGAAUACAUGCGGAUCAUCGCCGAGUUAUUUGAGUGCAAUACUCCCGGAGAAAUACAUGUGGAAGAUGAAAAAGAGGCUCCAAAGCGCAUUAACGUACAAGUUGAAGACGUCGGUGACAUUUUCCAAGGAAAUGUUACGGAGGAGAAGAGGAAGAAUAAGCAAAGUUCUGGACCUAUAAUCAGUAGUUGCCACAAAAGUGAGCUUUUUUGGGUAUUUUUACUACCACUUGUCAGUUGCAUCCAGUGGAGUUAA